AUGAUUAGUCAACAACUUAUAAAGCGACAGUCUGAUGAGUUGAAUCGGGUCCAAGAUGAAAACAAACGUCUUCAUGCCGUUGCUAACCUCAUGAAUUCUGUGAUCAAGAAAAUUCCGGACGAGAUUAACUUGCUGCAACUGCGACGUUUGCGUGAUACUAUCGAAGUACUGAAGCGGGAGUUCUCAUUUUAUCAAGAUGAAUUUGCUCAAAAAGAAGAAAUACAAAGAAAAAUUGAUGACGUCGAAAGAAAGAAUCGGUUGCUUACUACGCGAAUUGACUUGCACAUCAAGGAAAAAGAAGCAGUGGAAGAGCGUGCCGACGGAUACCUGAGAGAAAUAAGCGAACGAGAUCGUGAAGUUAUCCUUGCUAAUAAGUCUAGGAUAGAGCAGGAACGGAAACCUGAA